UGUCAUGGCGGAGUAAUCAGCUGUUAAUUGCAAUGCCAACGAAUAAUAGAUUAUUAAUUUCUUUCAAUAGUCAUUUUGUUAUUUAUCAAAAAAUUUAGCAAUUAUUGCGAUUAAGCAAUUAAAUUGCUGUCCAUAUUAGUGUUUGUUGUUGGAUUUAACCAACCAAAAAAUGGAAUGGCGCGAUGUUCUUGUCAUCUGUCAGCUUCAUCAUUCAUCCAUUGUGUAGUUAAAAAUGUGACUUGUACGCUUCAUAAUUCUGUUUUAAUGUAAUAAAUGAACAUUUAUUGUAACCUUAUAUUAAUUGUGAUUUAUCAACCAGGCACUAAACAUCCGAAUAUUAUUUAAAUCUAUAUUUUAUUUUUGGUCAUUGUUUAUCGGGCCUAAAAUUUCGUUGUUUCUACAAAGAAAAUACGGCGUCGGUAUCCAGGAUUGAUUAUUUUUUAGUUUUGUGAUGAUAAAAUUUGACUUUUGUCAGUGUUAGUGUGCUUAUCAAAUAGUUUAUAAACGGAGGAAAACAUGUCGGGUCGUGUUCGAAAGCAGUCCGACUGUCCAGUUGGAAAACAAGGGCCAAUGAGAGCCACUCUACCGGUAUCAUCAGUGAUGAAGCAAAGUGGUGGUUUCAAGAGGAAUGCCGGUAACAGCCCGACUUUGUCUCCAACCAACGCAUGGCGACGGAUAUCGCCAGAUCACGCCCUCUCAGGGCAGAGAAGCCCUGGAGCAGUCAAUUAUAAAGGCAAGGGACGUUUUGGCUCUAGUGUUAUAAGGCGCACGGCAUCCCUUGACACAUUGUACCAUAAAGGUCAGUGGUCCAGAGACUACUAUUUACAUGCCGGCCAGCUACAAGUAGACAAAUCUACUCAGACAGAUGAAGGAGGCGGAGCUUCUGGUCGUUCAUCUCGAGGUUCUGAUGACGAUAAGCUAGAUCGCUUCUUAAGGAGUCGUCUUCAAAGGCCACAUAAACCAUCUGCAUCAGGCGAUUCAGGUCAUGCAAUGAGCCCUGGUUUUUGGUCUCGUUUCGGCAGCGGUAGUGUGCCGCUCAGAGCAGCAAGGUCUUCAGUAGAAGGUCUCAAUCAAGAGAUUGAGAGACUUGUUUUAUACCCAGCAAGUGGAACACAAACUCCUCAUCUUGAUCGGUUAAGAGAUAAGGUAACACCAGAAGGGCACCGCGCUCCACUAGCUGAGCUUUUCAGGCGUUCUGUUAACACUCAAACACCACACGAUCUCUGUCAUACAGCUCAUUCAUCGGGCGGCAGUGUUUGUUCGUCACCAGACCUGGAUGGUUCUAAACUUGGGACGUCGCCACAAAUAAACCGCUUUUUAGCUCGAGAACCACCGGAUGGUUGUGAAAAAGUGAACUUGAGAGCGGGCGAGGGUGGUCACCCCGAGGUGUCAGUGAUAAAGCCGGCCGUGGCGGGGUUCACGCUGCGGCCCUCGCUCGGCUCCGCUUUCCAACCGCUCAACCCCGCCCCACACUCUCCGCACUCUCACUCUCCGCACGACACUCACUGAUCGCUCCAAGGUAUCGGGCCAUCAUACGUUCAGUAUUUCCAUAUAGGUUUGUGUGUCGGAACGGACUACAGAUACGCAAUAAAAAUAGAAGUGUAUAGUUGAUUUACUGUAAUAGUAAAUUUACUAAAUCUCAUAUUAAAUACCUAAUUGAAAUCGCAGGUGUUUCAUACGUUCGAGUGCGGUAAUUUUAAAUGUUAGAAAGUUGCUUAAAGUGGCUGGGGUGGACGUCUAUAAGGAAGGUGACCAGAUUUGCGCGAGAUCUUUAAAUUUCUUUGAAUGGUGAAUAUAAAUUUACCUAUACUACUGAAAUAGGGAGAUGUGUAAGUAAAUUUUUCCGUAUAUGAUGUGGCUGCAGCGCGGUUUUACGUACAAUUAUUUUUAUAAUGUAAAAAAAAAAAUAUUUUAUUAAAAUAUUAGUAUUACAUAGUAAACUCUGACAUUAUAAGUACAUAUACAAUAUGUAUAUUAAUUUUUAAACCAACCUCAAUGUUGAAGAUAGAUACAUAUAAUUAUGUAUGAAUUUUUAUUUCAAAUAAAAGUUCCACUGACGUGUCAAAUAUAGAUAUGUGGGAAUGUUUUAUUUUAAUUUUCUAAUAUUGUUAUGUAAAUAUUUUCCAUUUAUAUACGAGUGAAAAUGCAGGCAUUGUCGUUUUUAUCUUAUAUUCAAACUAGUAACAACAUUCAGUUUAUUUUACAUAACAAUUUAUGCUUUCUAAAAGUAGCAUGUAUGUUGAUCACUGAAUUAUUGAAAUUAAUAUGAAUGAUAGUUUAAAUAUUCAUAUUCUUUAAUAUUUAAACGAUAAAUGUUAAGGCAUAUGUCGGUUUCAUUUAAUUAUUUCUUUAUGAUCUUUAAUUUUUUACAGCUUUAUUGUUCCAAAUCGACAAAGGUUCAUUUCGAUCAGCUAAAAAAAUUAUAUUAUUUUUGUUCGGAUUAAUAAAAGUUUAUUCGAUACGUAAAAUUACGUAAUAGUCUUAUCAAGUUUGGGUCAAAUCUGGUCAUUCUUCAUAUUCUGACAAUAAUUAAUUAUUUUUUUGUAAUCGAAAUGUCUUUGAUACUAUACUGGGUAUUAAAAUGGGUGUCAAUUUCUAAAUACGUGUGAGUAAGAAACAACAAGAUUGAUUUUUGAUAAUGCAAGGUAAUAUAGAAAACAACCAAAGCAAUUCAAAUGCACUUUAAAUUAUAACCAAAUCAUUUGAUAAAGUGUUCUGAAGAUGUAUAAAUAAGCUGUUUUAAUAAAUGGAUUCUUUUUUUUUUGUAAUUAUAUUAGUUACAUUUUUGUUGUCUUUCAUACCCUCAUCAUAUAUGACUUGAAUAUAUAUUUGAUCUCAUUUUAUGUAUUAAUUAUGUACAUAACAUUAUUUUAUACAGCAUUUAUAUAUCUUUGACUAGCAUAACUAUUUGGUAAUUCAACCUUAUUUUUGUUUAAUGUCUGUUUAUUUUUGUAAAUGUUGAACAAAUUAACUUAGACCAAAUAUCUCAAAAGUAAACAAAGGGGAGAAGGGAGGGUCUUUAUCGUUUGACAAAUUAUUUUAGUUACUUCACAAAUAACCGAGCGAAUCAUUGGAUUUUAGCGAAAUCCAAAACGGAAACGCCAAUAAUAAAAAAAAAAAACUAUACGGAACGAAGCGGAAGCUAAUACAUUUCACAAUAAAGUGGAAAAUCGUUUGUCAAACGGUAAGAACUCUUAGUUUAAAUUGUGAUCAAUGAUAAAAUGAAUGUCUAAAAAACACAUUUUCUAAUGUGAGAGAGCUUUAAAUUUGAUAAAAGAGAAUAUUACAAAAUAGACUGAAAAUUUAAAACUAUACUCAUACUUUGAUACAGGUAACUUGGCAAUGUAUGGUGAUUAGUCUAUAAAGUGCCUGUUGUUUGUACUCUUUAUUUUAUCUAAGGCUUUGGUGUUUCACUUUUCAUUCGUUUCAAUUUAAGGUAAUAAUUUCAAUAUGAUUGUAAUAAAAUUAUUUGGAUGUCACAGUACCUGUAUCGAGUGUUAUGGGUACUGCUGUAUUCAUAACAUGUGGUUAUAAAAUGGACCAUGCCAGUUGGAUCUCUCGUUUUGGCCAAAAUGCAUUUUGUACAUCGAGACUGAUAAUGUAGAAUCUUGAUUACAUAAACAUAGAUAGAGCUGCUUUUGGACAUAAUCAAUUAUUUUUGACAAUUUUGUAAGAGUAACUUUGGCAAAUGUGUAUAUAUUUUGGAUGGCUCACCUUUGGAUUAUUAAAACUUGUCAUUGCUCAAAUCGAAAUUAUAUUAUCAAGAGCCACACUUAUGAUGCAUACCGAAUUGGUGAAACUUUGUUAUUAAUAUUUCCAGUUGCUUAUGUAUAUCUAUUGAUUAUUCAGUAAAAUAAUGUGAUAUGAAAGUGAAAACGUUUGAAUUUGAAUGUUGACUAUUACUUGACAACUUGCUGUACUGAUGAUACGAACGCUGGAUGAGCACGCCUGGACUCGUAACGUUUAUUGUAACGGUCACCAAGCAUAAAGCAGUAUCAUUGAGUUGUGAAGUGUUACCGACGGUGCUGACUAGCCUAUUAGGUCUGUAUAGUAAAACGACUUGUGACAAAAGAUGUUCUUGCUACUUUGGACGUUUUAGUGGCGAAGUGAAGAAACUACCAAGUGUUUGGCGAAACAUAGCCCAGUAAUUAUAAAUGCAAUCAAUUAUUUUGAUAAUGGGUCGUCCAUUAAUCUCGUGUUGAUUUUUUCAGCAUUUUUAAACCCCCCCCCCCUCCCGUGAUGCAUAGUGAGGUUUAAGACUAAAAUCCACCCGAAUAACGUGUAUUUUUAGUACCUACAAAGAAUCAUAAUUUUUGACGCCGCUUGUCGGUUCGGUAAUCGCGCCUUAGAGGACAAAAUAAAUACACGUGAUAUAUUUCUACACAUCCCCUCCGUCCUUGUGAUAUUUCGUGAUUUUUACCAACCCCCUCCCUCAUUCGAUCUUCACAUGAUUAAUGAACGACCCCUAAUGUGUAAAUUAAAUUAUUCCUUCAACUACAACAUCAAAUCAUACUCUUGCAGUGCAUAAUUAUGUAUUAAAUAUUAUUAACAGUGGAGGUAAACCGAGCCAGUAUUUAAAAAUCCGAAUGUCUGUAAGUAUCUGGAAUAAGUGCAAUAUCUAGGUGUAAUAUUAUAAUGUACUAGAUGCGAAACUGUUCUAUUCCCAGUUCUGUUGUAAAAAAUGUACUUAUACACAUUAAACGCAUUUUCAGUUGCAAUGUUGACUAAUAUUUGUAUGGGGUUAAGCUUUGUGGUUGUGUUUGGCUUGCUUCCUGUAUCAGCUUUCAAGUGGCUUUUAGAUUCCUCCCACAAUACAAACGACUCAUUCUUUACUUAUUAAAACCAAUACUUUAGACUUAUGUCACAGGUCCAAGUUGUAAUUUAGGGUUUACGUAAGCUUUUCCCAAUAAAUUGUUUCAUGAUUAGUUAGUAAUUUUUUGUGAUCAUCCUGAAAAAUACUAACUAUUAUUUAAACAUGUGUUAUUAUUAAAGGGUCCCUGUUAAUUUAAAGAUAACUGCAAAAUGUGGUGUGUGAUUCCUAUUAAAGAUAUGUAUGUUACAUACGUCUUUGUACAGGAAUCACAAAUGACUUUAAGUACAUAAAGAUAUUUUUAUAAUGUUCAGCCUAGGAAACAUGCAAUGUGUACCAUAAAAGUAACUUGGUUAAGAAUUUAGAUUUGAUAGUUCUUUUAUAGAUGGUAAAUAUUAUUUUAAAGUUUUCUUUUAGGUGAAAAAAUAAGUUUGUAAUUUUUAUUAUUACAAUAUUAGAUUAAAUACUAACAUUAAACUAAACCAAAAGUGCCCAUUGAGAUAAGUUUAUUAUUUAAACAAGUCUUUUGUUCAACACAUUGUUAUGAGUAAUGUUUAGGCAACAAAAUUAGAAAAUAAGGAAAUUAUCGAACAUUGUUGAGUUUAGUUAUCUAAAAUUGUUGAGGUUUAUUGAUAAAAAAAAUAUCAUUUAAUUUUUUUACAUGCUAUGUUCAACAAAAGGCUUGUUUAGUUAGAGGCAUUAAUUAACAUCAUUAUAUUAAUAAUAUCUACAUUUAAGUAAUGAUAAGAAUGGUUUUAUUAUAGUUUUGUUUCAGAGAAGAAAUUCUAAUUACUAUUUUUGUUUCCAAUAUUUUAUCACUUAUCUGUUUUCACUGUAAUGUAUCUUGCUGUAUUGCAGACAUAUCCAAUAUACAGACUGAUUUAAUG